AGGGAGUCCUCCCGCCACGACAUACCUUAUUUAUCAGCUUCAUCUGCUGACUGCUGUCUUCAAAAUCAAAACAAAUCUUACUUGGAGGAAGAAGAUACAGAAAAGGCAGGUAGGCAGAGAUGCCCACAAUCUCUCUUCUCAGUUCUCUCUCUUCUUCGGCCACCCAAUAUAACACCACUGCAAUUCAUUCCAAGAACUUCAACUCCAAAUCCCAGAAGAAAAUGGAGGCUCACAAUCACACUCUCAGCCGCCUCCUCCUCCUCAGCAGCCCCAGGUGUUGACUUGACCCCCCUUCAAUCUGCCCUUUCCAAGAAAGAUAGUCAAGCUGUCAAAGAGGCACUUGAUCAAUUGAGUGAAGUUGGUUGGGCUAAAGUUUGGAGCUCUCAGCCAUAUGUUUCACGCCGUACGACAUCUGUUCGAGAACUGACAACCCUUGGAAUUAGAAAUGCAGAGAAUCUUGGGAUCCCUAGCAUUAGAAAUGAUGCAGCAUUUCUCUUCACAGUGGUAGGAACGACAGGGUUUUUGGGUGUUCUUGCUGGUCAACUUCCUGGGGAUUGGGGAUUUUUUGUACCAUAUUUGAUAGGGAGCAUUUCCCUGAUAGUUUUGGCUGUGGGAAGCAUCUCCCCUGGGCUUCUCCAGGCUGCUAUUGAUGGAUUUUCUUCAUUUUUCCCCGACUACCAGGAGAGGAUUGCCAAUCAUGAAGCAGCUCACUUCUUAGUUGCCUACUUACUUGGCCUUCCCAUCCUUGACUACUCACUUGAUAUUGGGAAAGAGCAUGUCAAUCUCAUUGAUGAGAAGCUAGAAAAGCUGAUAUAUAGCGGCCAACUUGAUGCAAAGGAAAUAGACAGGUUAGCAGUGGUAGCAAUGGCGGGAUUGGCAGCAGAAGGUCUAAAGUACGAUAAAGUUGUAGGUCAAUCAGCAGAUCUCUUCACUCUUCAGAGAUUUAUAAACCGGAGCAAGCCAACACUUAGCAAAGAUCAGCAGCAAAACCUGACUAGAUGGGCAGUUCUGUUUGCUGGCUCGCUACUUAAGAACAACAAAGGGCUUUAUGAAGCCUUGAUUGGAGCCAUGUCCAAGAAGGCUUCAGUAAUAGAAUGCAUAGAAGCAAUUGAGAAGGCUGCAUGAAUUUUUCAUCUUCAAACAUGAGCAAUCCAUAAGAUCAGAAACUUGGGAAAAACAAGCAUAUGAAGUUAAUAGUUCUGUUUUUGUUGGCAGUGGUAGUAAUUAUUAGUACGUUCUACUUUCCAGUAGAACAUAAGUUGUAAGAUAUUGUGGUCACGAUUAUUUCAGUUCUCUAAUUUUCCAUUUUUCCAUAUA